AUGAAAAUUUUUGCUCCACUUUUGGCUGCAUCAGCAAAUGCUGCCACGUGUGUGACGAUCUCGAAAGAUUUCAGUACAGUGAAGAACCCAACUGGUCACUUAGAUGCACUCAAUGGAUGUUACGGCGGUGGUAGUGGAGUAGAAACUGGAACAUGCGAUGGAACUUGCUUUGCUCUUUUCUUCACUUACAAAGGACUCGACGGAAAUGGGGACACUUUUUACGCCAAUCAUGCUGAGCGAGGAUGCAAGAAAACAAUUCAAAUUCACGGAAAAGACGUUGAAUUCCCUAGCGCAACUAAUUGCGCCGACACUUCGAACGGAUGUGCAAUCACUUUGACAAAAGACAACUAUGGUCUUGGGAAUCAAGGAGACAUCAAGGGCGUUUACUUUCAGUCGACAAAUGCGAUAGCGAUUGGCACCAAACCAGGAAACGGAUCUCCAGGUUUCUCGGGCAGUGAUUCCGUUCAAAACGCGCCCAUGCAAUGCCUCCAAUGCUCGUCUGGCCUCUCUCUUCCAUCCGACGCCAGAUGUUUCGACGGCGCCAAUGCCGUGAAGGGUCAUUGCUCCGAUUUCCGAUCAACAAGCUGUUUUUCGCGAACAUCCUGGUAUACUGCUCCGAAGGAAUCGACAGAUGCGGAGUAUAAGAUGGCUGAGCGAGGCUGCUCUACCGUUCCAGCUGAUGAGGCGAAGAAUCGGAAGAUUUCCUACUUCAUCGGAGAAGUUCCCCGAGAGCCAGAAGUCGACUACGAACUCGAGCGACGAGAAAUCACCGAGGAAUACUGCGACACAGUCAACUGUAACGAUUUCAAGCCAACAGAAAAGUCCACCUCGGGCGCUGCCGCUUUCUCGACCCUGACGUCCUUGUUGAUUGCACUGGCUUUCAACAACUAA